AUGCGAUGGCGCCCUCGGACCCACCCUAGCCGGCCGCUUUUCUUGCCUCCCUCUCCUCUUCUCCGGCCCCCCUACAGCUACAUCGCGCUGAUCGCCAUGGCCAUCCAGGGCAGCCCGGAGCAGCGGCUCACCUUGAGUGGCAUCUACCGCUUCAUCACCUCCCGCUUCGCCUACUACCGAGACAAUAAGCAAGGCUGGCAGAAUUCCAUCCGCCACAACCUCUCGCUCAACGACUGCUUCGUCAAAGUGUCCCGGGACGACCAGAAACCGGGCAAGGGGAGUUUUUGGACCCUGGACCCCGAGUGCCACGACAUGUUCCAGAACGGCUCCUUCCUACGGCGGCGGCAGCGUUUCACCCGCAAGAGGCGUCCCUCCAGAGCCCCGGGGGGCGGCCCAGGGGCCAAGAAGGGGCCCCGGGGUGGCAGGGGCCAGCCGACUGGCACGGGGAUGCCAGGGGAGGCGAUCAAGAGGGAAGAUGGCACACCGAGAGCAGAUGCCACCGGGCAGGGCCAAAGUUCCAGCCAGGCAGUGCCAGGGGCUCAGGGGGCCUUGCCCGUGAAUCUAUUUACGGGCGGGCAGGAGGGUGAGGAUCCAGCUCUGCGUUGCCCAGAGGCCCACAGCCCUUGUGCCAAGCUCAACCCCUCCAAGACGGCGGCGUGUUUCCAUCUGGGCCCCAAAGCUGGCCUCUACAGCCAGCCAUCGGGAUUCUGCUCCCCGGGAAGUAAUUACCAGGUGAAAGGGGCCCUUCUGGAUGACCUCGAGGUUGCCCCCCUGGCGGAGAGGCUGCCCUCCCUAUCCAGCCCGGAGAUCAAUGGAAGCCUGCGGAAUGGCCCCCGCUCUUCGCAGGGGAAGCCCCAGCAGGAAGGCAAGGGGGCAGCACCCCAAGCGUUUGGCCAGCUGGCACCUCACUUCCCGGCUCUUUUGGGGAACGGCAAAGCGGCCCAGCCCGGCCACCGGGCAUAUCCAUCGCCCACCAUCAACAGCCAGGAAGGUUACACCAAAGCUUCGGUCUUGCCCGUCUUCGGUUAUUCCAACCCGGAGUCUCGAGGUGGGGGCUACCAAUGCCGCCUGCAGGCCUUGAAUCUCUGUGGCAAUGAGCCCCCUUGGGACCACCUUCUGACCUCCUCGGCUGCCGCUGGCAAUCCCGCGGCUGCCCUCCAGCCCCCGUCCUUCGUCCAGCUGCCAGGGGAGCAGGAAACCUGGCCGGGGACCCCCUUUUCCCUGCAGGGGGGCAGCAACUAUCCGCUGGGCCUGCCCCACUGCCUCUACAGGACUUCCAGCAUGUUCCUUUUCGAGUGA